UGUCACUGCUCGCUUCCAGCCUGUCCUUCCCGCCACAAAGAGCCGUUGCCUAGUGGCUUUGCCAUGGGUCGACAGAAGGAGCUGGUGUCCCGCUGCGGGAAGGCACUCCACAUCCGCUACCGGCUGCUGCGCCAGGCCCUUGCCGAGUGCCUGGGAACCCUCAUCCUGGUGAUGUUUGGCUGUGGCUCUGUGGCCCAGGUGGUGCUCAGCCGGGGAACCCAUGGAGGCUUCCUCACCAUCAACUUGGCCUUCGGCUUCGCUGUCACACUGGGCAUCCUCAUUGCUGGCCAGGUUUCUGGGGCACACCUGAACCCUGCUGUGACCUUUGCCAUGUGCUUCCUGGCACGUGAACCCUGGAUCAAGCUUCCCAUCUACACCUUGGCUCAGACACUGGGUGCCUUCCUGGGCGCUGGGAUCGUUUUUGGGCUGUAUUAUGAUGCAAUCUGGGCCUUUGCCAACAAUGAGCUUAUAGUCUCGGGCCCCAACGGCACAGCUGGCAUCUUUGCCACCUACCCCUCUGGACACUUGGACAUGGUCAAUGGCUUCUUCGACCAGUUCAUCGGCACGGCCUCCCUCAUCGUGUGCGUGCUGGCCAUCGUGGACCCUUACAACAACCCCGUUCCCCGGGGCCUGGAGGCCUUCACUGUGGGCCUGGUUGUCCUAGUCAUCGGCACCUCCAUGGGCUUCAACUCUGGCUACGCUGUCAACCCCGCUCGAGACUUUGGACCCCGCCUCUUCACUGCCAUCGCUGGCUGGGGAACUGAGGUCUUCACGACUGGCAAGCACUGGUGGUGGGUCCCCGUUGUCGCUCCACUCCUGGGCUCCAUUGCUGGCGUCUUCGUGUACCAGCUCAUGAUUGGCUGCCAUGUGGAGGAGCCCCCGCCUUCCACCGAGGAGGAGAAUGUGAAGCUGUCCCCAGUAAAGCAAAAAGAACAGGUCUGA